AUGAACGACAAGGAUAAACCAGCAGUUAUAAGUCGGCUUUCUACAAUUUUUCUUUGUUUAUUAACAGAAUGUCCAUCCGCCUGCCACGAAUCAACAGGAUUUCUAUAUAAUUUGCUUGAAUUCGUAGAUAAUACCGGCGUGUACGAUCUUUUCAAAGAAAUUUUCAAAAAAGACUCUGAAUUAAGAGUAAUUCAAGAGUUCUUAGUCGAAACUAAACUUACAACUUAUAUCGUUCGCAUACUUCGAGAACAUGAGAAUCUUGAAACUAUAAAAUGCAUGCUACGUCUAAUUUCUCAUGGAGCAAAUAAUAAAAUUAUGUGGCCAUCUUUUUGCUCUGAUGAAGUAUGUGAAGCGCUUAUAUUUAGAUCAGGAAUCGAAGAAAUCAAAAAUGAGUUAUGGGAAGCAGUAAAUGCAGUAGUUUGUACAAAAAAUGUCCAAACAAUGAAAAAUAUCAUACCGCAAGCUAUAAAUCUAAUAACAACUACAUACAUGAAACCUACAGCUGCUUUAGCCUAUUCUUUCGACUUUCUUUCAAAAAUAAUUCGACGAAGUGUUGAAAGUUUUACAGUUGAAUCAGUCAACCAAUUAUUAUCAUCAAUAAUUAGUUUACUUGCGAUCGUUCCUGAUUCUUCUAAUUUACUUGGAGCUGCAUUUCGUUUAAUUACAUCUUGUGUUAAAAUUAAGAAUUUUACUCAACCAACAUUGGACAUGGUCUUACCAGUUCUUGCCGCAGAAGCACCUUCUAGGGUUAGAUGCGCAGCUACAGCAAAUUGUGCAAAUUUUAUAUUGAAUUUACAAGAUAUGGCUUCAAAAGAUGCUGAGCUCUUCAAAUUACUUACGAAAUACGAAGAUUACCAAGAAAUUUGUUCAAGAUUUUUGCCUUGGUACUCUAAUGUUAUCAGUUCGAACUACAGAGGUGUUAUUUCAAUAUAUGACAAAGGUUCUCCUUUGAUGGGAACUUUCUCUUUAAUUUAA